AUGCCCACCAUCUCCGUGUAUCACGCACAGCUCCGCCGAUACCGGCCCCGGGGGCCCAACGGGGGCUCCGGGGGGGCCGUCGCCAACGGCGGCGGCGGCGGCGCAGCUGCGCCCGACGGCACGGCGGUCGGCGACGAUGACGACGAAGCCGAGCCGCCGGGCACGUCGCGUCUGUACGGCCACACAGCUGCUGUACACGCUGUCGACAUGACCGUUGACCAACGGCUCAUCCUCAGCGGCUCCUCCGACGGCACUGUACGAGUGUGGGGUAUGGAAUUUGGAUCCUGUUUAGCUGUUUACCCGGGGCAUGUGUUUCCCGUGUGGGAUGUUGCCAGCUGCCCCCUCGGACAUUGGUUCGCCAGCGGAGGAGCCGAUCGCGUGGCACGGCUGUGGGUUUCGGAGCGUACGGCACCCUUGCGGCUGCUGGUAGGUCACAGCGCGGACGUGGAUGUCGUACGUUGGCACCCCAACGGCACGCUGGUGGGCACUGCCUCCGCUGACCGGACGUUGCGGCUGUGGGACGUGCGUGAGGGCAAGUGCGUGAGGUACCUCUCCGGGGGGCUGUACGGCAGUCCUACCUCCAUGGCCAUGUCCCCUGAUGGCCUUCAUCUGGCUGCCGGUACGGACGAGGGCCAGGUGCUGGUGUGGGACCUGGGUACGGCACGCCGCCUCGCUGCCUCGCCCCCGGCAGCUUCACACUCCGGGCCGGUGUGGGCCCUAUGCUACAGCAACGGCGACGGCACGCUGCUGGCGUCAGGCGGUGCGGACGAAACCGUACGGCUCUGGCGC